UCCUCUUCAGUUCUCCGCUGCCCACGACGCCAUAUUGACGAAAAACACCCUUUCUCUGAAACCUCCGAUAAACGAUCUCCGCCAGAAUGUUGUACCUUGAGGACUACCUCGAAAUGAUCGAGCAGCUACCCAUGGAUCUCCGCGACAGGUUUACGGAAAUGAGAGAGAUGGACCUGCAAGUGCAGAAUGCGAUGGAUCAGCUUGAGCAGCGGGUCAACGAGUUUUUUACCAACGCCAAGAAGAACAAGCCUGAAUGGAGGGAAGAACAGAUGGAAAUCAUUAAAAAGGACUACUAUAAAGCUUUAGAAGAUGCGGAUGAAAAGGUCCAAUUAGCCAAUCAAAUUUAUGACCUGGUCGAUAGACAUUUACGGAAGUUAGAUCAGGAGUUGGCAAAGUUCAAAAUGGAGUUGGAGGCAGAUAACGCUGGCAUCACAGAGAUCCUUGAAAGACGGUCUUUGGAGAUGGACAGCCCGUCUCAACCUGUCAAUAACCACCAUGUACAUUCACACACCACAGUGGAAAAGAGGAAAUACAGCACGCCAGCCCACCACACUACUGAACACAUACCUGAAAAGAAGUUCAAGUCAGAGGCUCUGCUCUCCACACUCACGUCAGAUGCCACUAAAGAAAACACACCAGGCUGCAGAGUGAACAGCACAUCCUCCUCUAACACCAUGUAUAACGUCAACUCCUCCCAAUCACUUACCCCCUCAUACAACCUGAGCCCACUUCCGGCCGGGCCUGCAGCAGGAGCGGGUGCUAUUUCCAUGGCAGCAGCUCAGGCAGUGCAAGCCACAGCACAGAUGAAAGAAGGGAGGAGAACGUCCAGUCUCAAGGCCAGUUAUGAAGCUGUCAAGAACAAUGAUUUCUUGGGACGAGAUUUUACUAUGAGUCGAGACUCCAGCAGUUACUCGUCUUCUGCGUUGGCUAGUACACUCACACAACCCCUCACGUCCACCAACAGCUCCGACUCCCGCACGGCACGCAAGACCAAAAGCAACACUAAGUCUUCCAACCACCAGUCCUCUUCAUCCUCCUCUUCCUCUUCACUUUCAUCAUGUUCUUCAUCUUCAGCUUUGGCUCAUGAACUGGUACAAACCACAGUCACAGAAACGGAUACCAGCAGUCAAGUGGAUUGGACUUACGACCCCAAUGAACCCAGAUACUGCAUUUGCAACCAGGUGUCGUACGGAGAGAUGGUCGGCUGUGAUAACCAAGAUUGUCCGAUCGAGUGGUUUCACUACGGCUGUGUGGGUUUGACCGAAGCACCCAAAGGGAAGUGGUACUGCCCACAGUGUACAGCGGCCAUGAAGAGAAGGGGAAGCCGGCACAAAUAAAAGCCAGAUCACCUGGGCCGACCUCUCAGAAAUGACUGUCCUCCUCCAACCAAGAGUGUACAUGUCAGAUCUCCUUGCAAGCAGGGUGUGUAGAUGUGAAACAGAAAUGUUGAUAUCUGAAAGAUGGUGUGUGUGUGUUUGUGUAUGUUUGUGAAAAUCACAACCAGACUGGGCAGUUUAGCUGGCGAAUCAGUCAAAGCGCACACUGCCCUCAAAUUUGUGUCAUGUUUUUAUGUUUUUCUCUUCAUCUCCAUUUAUCUUGAUGGAGGCAGAUGGGCAAGAUGUUGUUGGGAGGCCCAUGUAUUUUAACAUUCAAGACAUUCCUCGGCUUGCCAAGCGUGAUGACCCUUCGCAUCUGGCAGCUCCUGCUAAUCUAUAGUAUGGAUGCAGACUGGGAACUGUUGUCCGGAACUGCUCGAUGGACUACAAGUCUCAGAGACGUUCAGCUCUAACAACUCUUAACGGAUCCUGAGAUUACAUAGCUACUGUGACGCCCGGUCAAAAUGUGGGAUUUAUUUGUGUGUAAUGGAUAGAUGAUAUAUCGUGCUCCGCUUGAUGGACAGAAUGUUUCUUAUUUUAGCGAGGAGCUCUCAAAGUGUACAAUAGAACAAAUGAACAACUGUGACUUGUGUGUAUGCUUGUGUGUUUGUGUCUCUAGCCUGUACUGCACUGACGUGGUGAUACGUUUUGAGAAAUGUGGGGGAAACAAACAAAAAAAAAAUCAAUAAAAUGAGCAAGAGCUUUUGGUAA